AUUCUGAUGAUACUAGGUGAUUUUUACAAUAGUAUAUUCAUUCUGCUGAUACUAGGUGUUUUUUACAAUCCUUCAUUAAGGUCGAUUUCCGUAUGCCUCAUCUUCUGUGGAGUGAUCACCUUUUGUAACAUUCUCAAGAGCCUAGAUCUAUAGAUUUAUUAGACAUGUAGGCUAUCUACAACUCGUUUCCAAGACAGAUAGUUUUAAUCCCCCAAGAAUGAUCUCUGCUGUCCCUGAUCAGUGGUUAUUUUGUAAUUUAGAUCUAGAUAUACUCUUCAAUUUGUAAUGCUGCUUUAAUUAUUAGAAUCUAGUUAUCAGGAAAUAGAAGGAUUCUCCACAGAAAAUCUGUCUGGACAGCUUGAAAGAAUAGACCUGCCUCUUGAUAUUCUGAUAUGAACAGCUGCUGAGCGGAAAGAAUGAAUGCAAUUUUUGCGUGAACUGUCACAUGAAAAUCAAGGGACAGAUAAGAUGAGAUAAAGAUCUGGAUCUUACUUUUAAAUUUCAAUUUCACAGUCAUCAAGACUAUGUCAUGGGCGCAGCCAAAGUUAUGGUUUUAUGCCAAAGUUAUGGUUUUAGCUUUGUUGGUGCUAUAUUUGAACAUAAAAAGAAACAGGAUAUGGUCGAUCUGUCUGUGCGUUUUGUUAUCUGGUGCAUGCAAAGUAGUUUUUCUUUAUGCUUUGUGUGCACUGCGAAUAAGGUGUUAACUAUAGCUGCUGGAAAACUCUCACAGCCAUAUUCCAUUAAUUUCUUCGUAUACCAAAACUCGUCCAGUCGUUCCUGCCCAUUGCUCAAAUGCAUCCUUUCCUAACCUUGCAAUCCAGUCUCCAAUAAUAAGGAGAUAAACUUUUCUUUUUCGAGAUUCUUUGGUGCAGUCUUCUAUUUCAUGUUAGAAGCUCGCUUGUAGGUCUACCUCAUUAUUUUGAUCGGAUGAACUUGCAAGUUGAAUAAUUGGUAAAUUAGCCUUAAGUUAACACUAACAGGUUUACAACUUAUAAAGCAGUUAGCUAUUGUUGACUAUAAAUCCAACGCCUUGUUGAAGGUCCCUUUUUUCGACACUGUGCCAUAGACUCCUGUUAUAUAUAUAGAUCUAGUUUCUCCACAACCUGUCCAUCGGGUUUUCUCAAGGUUAUCGAUUUUAUCACCAGGAUAUUCUUGGAUCUAUAUAUGAUGGCAAAAUAUCAGCAACUUUUUGUGUUUCAGUGUAUAAAAGAGUUGAUAUGAAUCACAUUUUUAAACUUAUUCCAAGCAAGAUCAUUGAUCACUGGAUUUGCCAUUCUGUUGUAUAAUACAUCAAGAAAUCUAUACAUUUUAGGCAACAAAGCAAAUGAUUUUAAAAAGUUUCCUAAGGCUUUAUUUAAGUUCUCAUUUAGGACAAAAAAUAAAAUUUGUUAAAAGAAUUUCUCACAAAGUUGAAGUGGAAAAUGGUGCCUUUUGUUCAUCAGCUUUAUUUGCCUCUCCUAUUAGACAUAUGUCUGAAAUUUCACUACUGAGCAAAUCAAAUAUCCAAGAUCUUGAAGAUCGAGUUUUGGAUAAGAGCAAGAGUAAUUUCAUAGUUGCUGUUGAAGGAAAUAUUGGUAGUGGAAAGACAACUCUUCUUCAGCAUUUUGAAGAUGUUCCUUUCUGUGAGCUCAUAGAUGAGCCAUUACACAAAUGGACCAACGUAUAUGGAUAUAAUGCAUUGGCGAUGCUUUACCAAGAUCCCCAGCGUUGGAGCUUUGCUUUCAAUAUGUAUGCUCUGCUUACUCGAGUUGAGAUGCAUUCCAGGCCACACAAGCCAAGUCGACCAGUGAAAAUGUUGGAACGAUCAUUGUACAGCACUCGUUACUGUUUUGUUCAAAAUGAUUUUGUCAGUAAGACAAUUAAUAGUUUUGAGUUUUUUACUUUUGACCAGUGGUUUAACUUUGUUGUGAAGACAGGAAAUGCACAUGUUGAUCUUAUUGUGUAUCUAAGAGCAAGUCCAGAAAAUUGCUAUGAAAGAUUGAAAAAAAGGUCAAGAAAAGAGGAAGCUGGUGUUCCAAUGGAAUUGAUCCAGUCUCUUCACAAUCUGUAUGAUGAUUGGCUUUUAAAGAAAAAGUUUCCCAUUCCUGCCCCUGUGCUUCUUCUGGAUGCAGACUAUGAUCUUGACACUAUGAAAACUAUGUUCAACUCAAAGCGUGAAGAAAUUCUCUGUGGUUACAGCUAGUUAGAGUUACUAUAUCAACUGAUCUACAUCUACUGUAUACCUAGUGUGUUCAUUUUUUGCAAAAAUGUCUUCUUGGGCAUUACAACUGAAAGAAAUAUUUUCCUCCUUUAACUGUGUGGUCAGAGUACAAUCUAUUAAUGUUUAUCAAGGAGUUUGAAAUCCCCAACCUGCAUUUAUUAUUGAGACACAUUUUGUAUCUAGCAGCAUUUACUUAUUACUAGAAAUUUGUUCAUUGUUGUACAUUUAUAAUGUUUUGGUUUUGUGUCAAGUAUAUUAUCUACUGUAAACUUUGAAAUUUAGUUUAUAAAACAAUGGGCAUUGUCAAAAUGUAUCACCAUGAUUUCUCUAGAUUUGUGUUUGUUCAAUUAAGCAACUUUAAGGUUGAGAAGGUCACUUUGAAAAUGACAAAAUGAAAAUAACUUUGAUGACAAAUGUCAAACAAAUUUGCCAUCUUUAAAUUACUUUCUGUGUCCACUCAGUUUUGAAAGUUCUUCAGAUCAGUUAUCUUAUUAAUGGAAGAUUAUUCUUAUGCAUAUAAAAUUGGCAUUAAAUUAGAAGGACGCAACUUCACAAUCUCUUUUUGAAAUGCUAAAAAAAAAAGGGAAUUUAUAUUUUUUUUUUUACACUAACCUAAUUUUUUAUAAAAUAUAUUGUUAUAAAAUAUAUUGUAUUUAUUCUUUCAAGAAAAUGGAAAUUUGAGUUGAGUACAUUUUCAUUACCAAACACUGUAUAAGAUAAGAUACUAUUUAUUGCUUCAUUCAUACUAAUGGAAAAUUCAGGAGCCGGUAACCAUUAGGUAGUUAACAGCACUCAGUGCUACAACUUGGCAGAGCCCAUGACGCUGCUGACCUCAAACUGUAUCAGCACUUGCUGUUCCUUUGGAUAUAUAAGCUAGGUGGAGAGGGGAGAACUGCUGUGUGGGCAACAUCAACCCAAUCAUAGCUAAUGCCCAGGCAUUCAUCUCAUUUCUUUGAGAUGAUCCAUAGUCACUCUGAGAGUGAGGAGGCUAUUGAUAAAUACUAAAAGAAAUAUAAAUUAAUUACAUCAUAUUCUCUUAACCAGCAAUAUCAAAAUACAAAGGCAAAAUGUAUGACAUUCAUAAUCUUUGGAUAGCAGUAACACUCACACAAUUCAAUCAAUUAUGCUGGUAGAUUCAAGUUGAUUGAGAAACCAAAGAAUUAUGUUUUCAUUCUGGCCUCAAUAAAAACUUAAUAAAAAGUUGCUAUCUUGCUUCUGAUCAUUUAUUUUAUGCUUAUUGUGUUUGUGAAAUUUCAUUGGUUUUUCUCUGUAACUCUUGAGACUGUUCUUUGUAGAUGCAUUGCAAGGCAAUAAGGAAAUGCAAAUAGUGACAGUAUAGUUUGAUCAUGUAUUUGUUAAUGCAGUAUUUCUUUAUUGUUUAAGAUGGGACAGAUUUAUUCAAAUCAGAUUUUUUUAACUUUAAAAAAUAUCAAAAUGGUGUCAAUUUCAAAUCCAUUUUCUCAGCUAUAAAUGAAACCUUUUUUUUAAAUUGGAAAUAUGGUUAGUGUGUUAUGAAAAUGUAUUACUGGACUAAACAAAAAUAUUCCAAUCAAAGUUAUGAGUCUAUAUGUUUUAUUGAUCUUUUGAAUGGGGUAUUAGUUGUCAGUGCAACCAUCAUUUGUCUCAGUUAUUUUUCAUUAGUUGUGUCACUGGUGUGAAUUUGGAUGUAGGCGUGGUGACAUUGGGUUCAUAUUACAAAUAUUAGAUACCAUUUGCUAGUAUCAAAUAAAAAUCAAUUUUUUCUUGACACAAAAAUAUCAGUAUUUGAUACCAUAAUAUUUUGAAUGCAUUAAAAAAUUUAUUACAUAUGAAUUAUUUAUCUCUGGUGCUGAAAUCAAUUUUUCACUUGGGCAUUAACUUUUGCUUAAUAUAUGUUUUUGCCUUGUUACCAGUUAUUCUAACUUAAAUUUUUUUUCUUCACGAGUAUCCCAGAAAUACAUUUCAUCAUACAUUUUUUCUUGUGCAGUACAGUUGUCUGCCAUUACAAAAACUUUUUUACCUAUCAUCCCCCCCCCCCCCCCCAACAAUUCAAAUGGGAGCACCCGCGGGUUUUGUGGUCAAGAGAUGACUGUAAGCUGCUGACCAAAGGUUUCAGAUUUCAUACUUGGUCACUUGAAAUCAAAGGAUUUAUUUUGCACUUAACAUAAGUUUGAAUAAGACAUUGCUGCAUUAUUCUGUUAUGACAUGAUUAGGAAUUAGUUAUUUGUUUCGGGAAUAAGGGGAAAAUUUUAAUUAGCGACAAGUGACGUGACAGAUCUUUAAAAAAUAAGAACGCUAUAAGUGACGCUAGAAGGAAGACGCUUCUUGUAGAGUAGUAGACUUGAGUACGACAUAAUUGACAUCGGACGAUUCCCUUCUUGAGUAUUAAAUAUCUUUAUAGAACAACAUAUCAGCGUCGACUACAUAUUUGAUUGUUUCGGCCUUUCGCCGGUGUUACUGAAUUAGUUUAGUUCAGCGUUACUUCCAGUCAGAUCUACACUAGACAUAUUGUCAAGAAUCAACACCGUGCGGAAGCCUUAACAAUUCAUUACUGAAAUAUAUUACUUAUUGAUCUCAUGAACAUUGUUAGGCACUUCCGCAGUGUCGAAUGCAAAUCAACCUAAUGGAGGUAACACUCAAAGCAACACUUAAUCUAAUAACACCGGCUAAAGGCCGAAAAUCAUUAGAAGUUAGUCUACGCUGUUACUGAAUGUCCAACAAGUUUAAUAGCAAUGAAGGGAACUGUCGAAUGUCAUCUAUUUCUAUCCGUUUAUAAAAUGCUACUUAUUUCUAUGUUGUUAUGAUAGUCUGUUUAUGUCUACUUCUAUUUUGUUGUCUCUAAAACCCUAUUUUUGUUUUACUAGUCACAUCAUUGUCACUAAGAAAAAACUUCCCCUAUUUCCGAAACAAAUAAUUAAUUCUUAAUCGUGCCAUAAUGACAUAUUACACGAAUUAAAAAUUCAUUUGACUGCAUCGACAGCUGUGUAGAAUUACUGUCUAUUUCAAUUUUUAUAUUUGUAUUAAAGGAAUUUGCAUUUAUGGUAAUUAUUUUGUUUUAUUAUGUUCAAAAAUGUUAAUAUUCUACAUUCUUUUUUAAUUUGAAAAUGAACUUAUGUUAUGUAAUCUUGACAUUUUUUAAAUAAACCUAUGGACUUCAUUGUCUUAUAACUCGGUUGAUUUAUCAGUGUUGUUGGAUUCAUAUCAGUUAACAAUGAAAGAAUCAGUUAGUACAGUGAUAUUAAAGAAACUGAAGCUCAGUCUUAGAGAUAGCAAAGAAUAGGCUUUAGUUUACCACAUGCUAAUAGAAUAUAGGAUAAAUUUUGUAUGUCUAAAAAAAUGUUGAGUAUAUUAAGAGGAAAUUGGGGAUUUUUUUUUUUUGAUUAUUGGUACCUGGAAUGUUGAAAUAAUCUGACAUAGCAUUUUCUCAUUCAUUGUGUCUGAGUGGUAAUUGUAGAAAUGAAAAGAAUCUUAUGAUAUUAGUGUUUUUUUAAAUUAGCAUUUUUGUUAUCCUCAUCUUAUGAUAUUAGUAUCUCUUUAAAUUGCAAUUUUGUUAUUUUCACACAACUAUUCCUUAUGUAUUGCUUGUGAGAAAUACUUACUGGUAAUUGUUUUGUUAAUUUUAAUAAAUAGUUUUUAAAUAAA